UACGCCUUCCUCAAAUGUCCCUGCAAAAAAACCCGCGAAACCUCUUUUUCUCAUUUCACUAGGGUUUUCUUAUGUGAAGGUGAUGGGGAAGAGGAAUGACAUAGUGGUUUUAUCAUCGGAUGGUGAAGAUGAUGACUGUUCAGUGAGUUCGUCGAAUCGGAGCUACUCGAAGCCGAAAUCUAGGUCAUUGGUUACUCGCUCAAAUCCUAGAGGUGCGAAGAAGCCUCGCCUUUCGGGUUCUCGGUCUCACUUGAGCAAAGAAUCCAGUAACGCAGAUGAGAUCAGAUUUUUUUGUGAAGAUUUUGACGAAGUUUUUAAUGGGUUCAAGGUAUCUGCUGGUUUUGGAGGGAGCAACACGAAGGGGUUAUGGGUUGAUAAAUACAAUCCUCGUUCCUUGGAAGAGCUCGCUGUUCACAAAAAGAAGGUUGAAGAGGUCAAGGUGUGGUUUGAAGAAAGAUUGAGAUCUUCUAAGGCUGAACUUAGUAACGUUCUUGUCAUCACUGGGCAAACUGGAGUUGGAAAAUCUGCAACUAUUCAUGCAAUUGCAUCUCACCUUGGAGCCAGUGUGUGUGAAUGGAGCACACCUACUCCAAUUAUUUGGCAAGAACAUCUGCAUAACUCCAGUACAGGCAUAAACUACACAUCUAAGUUGGAUGAGUUUGAAAAUUUUGUUGAGAGAAUAAGGAAGUAUGGAUUGAAUCUGUCAUCCUCUACUGAAGAGUCAAAAUCAGCUACAGUACUCCUAAUUGAUGAUCUUCCGGUGUUGAAUGGAAAAGUUUCUUUUCAAAGACUUCAAAACUGUUUGCAUCUUCUUGUGCAAUCAACGCGGAUACCAACAACUAUAUUGCUUACGGACUAUAGUAAAACUGAUUCAGCAGAUCACACCGGAAGAUGCUUGGAAGAGCUUCAGUUGUGUCUUGAGAGUGCUGGGGCUUGUAAGGUUGCUUUCAAUCCUAUCACAAAUAAUGCCAUAAAGAAGACUCUUUCUAGGAUAUGCAGACAAGAGAAGUGUAACGCGACUGCUGAACAAAUUGAUCUAAUAGCCAAAGUCAGUGGUGGUGACAUCCGACAGGCAAUUACAUCUUUACAGUUCUUUUGUCUCAAACCUGAUUCCAUGCAUUCCUUAUCUUUACGUGAUACCACUACCACAUACUCGAGAGAAAAACCAGAUGAGGUCAGUUCUAUGGAUGAUGGAUUUCCCUUGCAAUUUGGCAGAGAUGAGACACUUUCUCUCUUUCAUGCUCUUGGAAAGUUUCUGCAUAACAAAAGAGACAGUGAAAAUGCCAUGGCAUUGGACCAAGAUGAAUUUCCUCUACAGCAGAGAUUAUUAAGAUUGCCUUUGAAAAUGGAUGCUCCAGAAAAGAUUCUCUGUCAAGCACAUGGGCAAGCAAGGCCUAUUGCUGAUUUUCUACAUGAAAAUGUUCUGGAUUUCCUGAGUGAGGAUGCAAUAGAUGAUGCAUGGGCUGUGGCUUCAUAUUUAGGCGAUGCUGACAUGCUUAUUUCUACUUUCCGUGGAAUGCUAGCUAGAUAUAAUGAAGCAGAAAAUGUUUUACAAUCAGCUGCUGCUUCAGUUGCUGUUCGUGGGGUGCUAUUUGGAAAUGCUCAUCCAUUACCUUCCAGGUGGCAUGCUAUUCGCCGGCCAAAGCUCUGGCAGAUUGAGCAAUCAUCGCUGCGCAAUAAGAAUGAGAUGGUGAAACGUAGAUUCAAUGGUUAUAGCAGACCUAGUUUUUCCAAUUUUUCGGUUGUGACUAUGGAGUACACACCUGUCUUCAAAUGGCUUGGACAGGGAAUCUCUGGAGGUCUUGAAACUCAUCAGGUAUUGACGCAAUGCAACGAGACCAAUGACAAUUUUGAUAAGAUGAGCUUGGAUGACAAAGAAAGUGAGAGUACUGAUGAUGAAAUAGAAGAUUGGUAAAGAGACUGAGAACCAAGCUUAGUCUAGAUUGGCUCUGUAAAGAAGUUGCUGUAAAUAAUUGUCCAUUUUGUCCCUUAAAUUUUCUGUUCUGGGAAAUGUAAUGGAUGUUUCCUGUUUUAAAAUGUCC